CUUCAUCGAUUGGCGUACAUAAAAUUAUCGCCAUCGUCUUGUUUCCCUCCAUUUAAGGACGCAUCGAUCGAGCACUGCUUCCACAGCACCAGAGAUCCUGACAGUGACAACCCUCCACAGCACCAGAGAUGAAGAGAAGCAGCACUCGUGUUGCUCAGCUUGCUGCUCUAACCAUCCUGCUGUCGUGGAUCGCCGUCUCCUCUGUCGCAUCAUCGGAGUCGGAGGCCCCCUUACAAGUCGGUUACUACAGCCGCACUUGCCCACGAGCAGAGGAUCUCGUCCGCAACGUUGUCCGCGCCGCCAUCCGCCGUGACCCCGGCAAUGGACCAGGCCUCGUGCGCCUCUUCUUCCACGAUUGCUUCGUCAGGGGGUGUGACGCGUCGGUGCUGCUGGAUGCGGCACCCGGCAGCAACGCCAGCACGGUGGAGAAGGCGUCGCAGGCCAACAACCCCAGCCUCCGCGGGUUCAGCGUCAUCAACCGCGCGAAGCGCGUGCUGGAGCGCCGGUGCCGGAGGACCGUAUCCUGCGCCGACAUCGUCGCCUUCGCCGCCCGCGACGCCUGCGGCAUCCUGGGCGGGAUCGACUUCGCCAUGCCGGCGGGGAGACGCGACGGCCGUGUCUCCAAUGCGUCCGAGGUGCUCAACAACCUUCCGGGGCCAUUCACCAACGUCCAGCUGCUCGUCGCCUCCUUCGCCGCCAAGAACCUCACCGCCGACGACAUGGUCAUCCUCUCCGGCGCCCACUCCUUCGGCCGCUCCCACUGCUCCGCUUUCUCCUUCCGGCUCUACCCUCAGAUCGCCGAGGACAUGAACGCCACCUACGGCAGGUACCUCAGGACGCGGUGCCCCGCGGCGACGGGGCGACGCGACCGGGUGGUGGACCUGGACCAGAGGACGGAGCUCCUGCUCGACAACCAGUACUACAAGAACGUGCAGACGCGCGAGGUGCUCUUCACGUCGGACGUCACCCUGCUCAGCCAGAACGAUACGGCGGCGCUAGUCGACCUCUACGCGCGCAACCGGACGCUCUGGGCCUCGCGGUUCGCGUCCGCCAUGGUGAAGAUGGGCCACCUCGACGUGCUCACCGGCACCCAAGGAGAGAUAAGGAAAUUUUGCAACAGAGUGAACUAGUAGCUGUGCUAGUUCAACUGGUUAGACAAGUGGAUGGAUUUUCUCGCUCUCCUUAGCUUAGUUACAUAUUGUCUAAUAUUUUUCGUUCUUUUGAUUUUCUAAAAGAUUCAUUGUAUUCGUUUGAGAAAGUAAAUUUGUACACUGUUGUGUUGGAUAAGUUUACUUCGAUUUGCACGCAA